UAAAAUCAUAAUAGCUGAUACAAUAAAUUACAUUAAGUAGACUAAAUGCAACAAAUAAGUCGUACGCUUUUUUUUUAAUCGACUUGCGGUUAAAACUUCCAGUUAUUCAAGUUGUGCACACAAGCAAUGCGAGACGAACAAAUAUGACAGGCUAUCAUUUAUUAUUAUUAUUUUUAAAAUCGAACAACAUCUAAAUAACCAAUAUUAGCAGCUGUAAUUAUAUGCAAUAACACAGUAACUGAUCUUGUUUGGUUUCAUUGAGGACACAGUGAUGUACUUUCCCACUGCUUUCAGUCGUUCAUCAUGUCUCUGCUUCUCUAGAAGAACCUGCACGCGCCGCCACUUUUUGACAAUGUUCAUUUAUUUUUUCACAAGUGUAAUUCUGCAUGGACACCUCGGGGUGCAGUAUUUGCUCGGGUAACGAUGCUGCAUUUCAGGUUUCCUAAAGAGCUAGGUUAUCUGCUGCGCUGCGUUCUCAAGAUGUCUUCAGGUUACCCAACCAGAUGAAGUACGAGAGUCAGCGGGCCGACGUAAACACACCGACUCCUUCGUUUAUUUUUUAGUAACGAAUCACCGAAGAGGGAAAGCGUUUUUUCUCAUAUCCUUGACUCCCAGGGCUCCACGGGAAGCGCGCAUGAACUCGCAUUUCAGCCUUUCACACUUAAAGGGAAGUCCCUAAACGUGAGACCAACAGGGUUGUAGAUCGAACCUUUUUCGAGAUGGAUUGCAAAGCCAAAUCUGAUAUGACUUCUAAAAAAAAAAAAGUCACGAGGAAGUCGUAAAUCUAUCCGGUUAGCUUUAUCUGGAUGGGCGUAAUGUCUUCUAAAGCCUGGGAGCGUCUAGAGGAGAAUGGUUUAAGGCGCCGCUGGAGUGUGUGAUGCGUCUGGUGCAGGUGGGAUGUGCUGUGAACUCCGUGACCUCUCGGUUUGCCCAGACCCCGGCUCACAUCGCCGCCUUCGGGGGUCACCCUCAGUGCUUGCUCUGGCUGCUGCAGGCAGGAGCUGACGUAAACAGACAGGACUAUGUUGGAGAAACCCCCCUCCACAAAGCGGCCCGUGCAGGCAGCAUGGACUGCAUCAACACGCUCCUGGUCCAGGGAGCCAAGGCAGACAUGAGGAACGCUAGUGGACUGACCGCCGCUGACCUAGCCCAUGCCCAGGGCUUUCAAGAGUGCGCCCAGCUGCUGUCCAAUGCCCAGAACCAGCAGCUCAAUCAGCUUAACGGGUUCUCAGCUAAUGGCUCUGUGUGCUUUGGGGACCGCAAGCUAAUCCAAGAGCGUGGCAUCCUUAAUGGGGUUCCCAGCCGAAAAAGGUCUCUUGAUUGCAUGGAGUCUAAUCUAAUUAAAAAGGCCAGAACAGAUGAUGUCGGUUAUCAGCCGAUGAACGGGUUAAACGGAUCCGGCGGAGAGAACCAGACGGGGAACAUGCACAUGGAGUUUGGCCAGGUGCUGAGUACCCCAGCAGGACUCCCGUUAAACGGACAUUGCCAUCCCGUGCAGCACCUCAAUGGAGGUGACCUGAUGCACAAGAACGUAAACGGAAAUACAGCCGAGGUUGAGAGAGGUGAUCAUAUUGGGAAUGAGGGUGUCUCCUUACGUCCUGGUAGCUUUGACAGUGGGCUUCGUUUUGGCCAUCGUAAUGGCUUCGGAGAUAUGGCAGAGGACAUGGAGGACGCCAGCAGUCAGAUAGAGCAUCGCAAGUCAGUCAGUGUAGAGGAGCAGUACGACCACAUCACCUUCAACACCAUGCACCUCUACCAUGGGUGUUAGGACCUCCCGUCCAGACUCGUGUGCUUUUUAUAUAUCCAUAGAGAAUGUGCUCAAUUGCUUUAAGUCCAUGGCCUUUGAAAAUGGACACCGUAUUUUUUGUGCUGUUAAAAAAAAAAAAAAAAAAAAAAAAAAAGUGCAAUCUUUUCUAAUUUGUAUCAUUUGAUUGAGUUGGUGAAGCCGGAGGCUGUUCGUUUUUUAUGCAUUAUUUGUAAGGACAUUUAUUGUAUUAAUUGUGCCUAAAAUAUAAGUGUUUAUUGACAUCUCUUUCUUACAUAGUACUUACAGCUGUGUCUGAAUAAAAUGGUUGAUGAAUCGACUGAA